ACCGUUUUGUCUGAAGCUGUUUUGACCUGUUCAUCGUGAAACCUUCGAAUCAUAUGAAUAUGAAUAGCAGAAUUCCCGGGUUUGAAGAAUUUCCAGAUUAACUGUCGACCAGGUCGUGGGUGCUCAGAGCAGAAAGUUUUGCAAUUCUGCCGUUCUAACCCGUUGGUACACUUGCUCAAGCUGAUAAUAAUGCUUUUUGGUGCAGCUUCGUUCAAGCCAUUUUCAGGAUUGUUAAGUUUCAUGAGCCCUGUUUAGCCCGACGCUCAAUGGCAAUGCGGACAAAAAUGCACUCUUGUAUGAAGUCAAGGUCCAGGUUAAAAAGUUGAUGGAAGAGGCCGUGGUUCGAAGUUACGUCCAUGAAGAGAACACGACCAUUACAGCGCUUUGUGCUGCUGUUGAAGCCGUCGUUAGCCAUGGCCUUCGGCAAAACUGGUUCAGUAUGUUUGAAGACAAAUCCACGUUGGCACUGUGCCGGAGAAUUUCGAAAAGUUGUCCAGCUGCUCAACGCACAAUUGAUCGGAUUGAGUAUUAUCAGAAUGCAGUGACCUGGCCAGGGGGAUCUAAAUCAGUCAACCAAAGGACACAUGGUACUAUCCCACGUGCUAGACCAAGGACCACCUACGAUUUUUCCGAAAGUCUGAUGAAUGGUGCGAUAGAUCAUCGCCCACGUGAUAUGACGCUCAAGGCCAUCAAACAAGCUCAAGCCCGUCGAUCGGUUAGCCGGACAUCAUCAGCAAAAUCAACGGGCAAAAUGAAUCGGACGGGCCCAAAGAUGAAAAACUUCUGGAUUCGUGUCGCCUUGCUGGAAAAGGUGUUAGACAAGAUCAUUUUCUAUUUGGCAACAAACGCUGAACGAUUUUAUGAGCCGUACGCUGUUCUUUCUGAUCCGUGUGACGGAAGAUUGUUGGCCGAUCUUUUGCGUGGACCAUGCGCAAUCGACUAUUCUAGGACAAGAACUACAGAUCACUUGUUUACCGACCCACCUGUAUCUGAACUUAUUCAACGUCACGGUAUCCAUGGUAGUCUCAUGUCGAGGGGCUUGUCUUAUGUAGCGCCAUCAUGUCAGACACAUGCGGUUCAACCAAACGACUUUCGUGCGCUUUCAACUCCGGAGCUUUGUGCAAGAGUCUCACCUGCUCUAGAGAACGAAGAGGAUUUCAGAGAAGACCUUAUUUAUCAUGAAAAGGAAUUUGUUGAUUCUGCGAAUGUCUCCUCUGUCCCGAAGCAGUGGAACAGCCGUAACCACAGCCGUCGUAGCUCGUCCACAAGCAUCUCACAAAUGACGGAUCGUAGUCCAACAAACAGUGUCUUGGUUGAUCUGGAAAGACAAAGUAGUGUAUUCUAUGCAUCGGCAGCGGCUACUCCGCGUCACUUGGUUCUGGCCGCGAAGGAACACGUAGAAUCGAUGCAUCAAAGUGUUCGUUCUACUUUGGUCUACGGAAAGAACAACGUCCUUCUACAAACGCGCGAUAGCAUUUUUCCAAUGCGGGGCUACGUUUCAAUCCAUGAUUAUGGAAAAGAUUUGGGUAUUUUUCUGAACUGGACCCCGAACGGAGCGAUAUCCAGUGAUGGACAUGCGACGCAGUUUGGAAAUGCAAGACGAACUUCGCAUCAACUGAAUGGAGAUAUAUCACCAUUGGCUCCUAGUAGUCAGCAAAAUAAAUCGAAUCGUUGGUGCCGGGAUCUAUACUGGACCUACGCGCUUCGAGUUAAACUGACUGACUUGGCUUACGUUCAUUGUCAUGACUCACAAGAGAAUUCCUCAGUGGUGUUUGUAACAAAGGAAGGCCUCCAACUCAGUCCUCUUACUUUCCAGCACACCAGUUAUCUGGAUACAUUUCUGCAUUGUCUAGAACAAGCCAUGGGAAAGUAUGGUUUCUCACUGGAGCCGCCACUGGAAUCUGAUAAAACUUCACUCACCGACUCACGUUCUCUUAACAUUGCACUUUCAUUGUCAGAAGUCAAGGCUGAAACCCAAACAAACAAAACACCGAAAUCCACCACUCCAGGAAACCAACCACUGUAUCAAGGACUCCGCCUGGCUUUUUUCUUCACAAAUCUUGACUCGGAAAUGUUUUUGCCUAACUGGAGCCCAUUUAUGACCCGAAGACCUUCGGGGAGCAGUGAGAAGUCGAACGAGAACCGUCCUCCAACUUCCUUGAGACAAAGUAGUACAACGCAGUCUGAGAUUGACACAGACUAUGAAAAUUCGGGCGUGAAUUUGCGAGUGUCCAGUUAUAAGUUUGAGGGACGCAACUUUCGGAAGUUCAGAAUAGCCUGUGGCAAGUCAAAACUCAGCAAGAUUGAGGAGUGCCUUGGGAGGAGACGUGAUUCUCAGCCGAUCAUGGAGAACCCGGACUCACCUUUGGACUACAAAGAGCGACAUGAAACACCCAUCGAACAACUGUGUGAUAAUAUUCGACGAGAAAUUUUAUCAAGGGCGUUUCAUCGAUGGUUAGGUUUCUGCCGUAAAAUGCGCACCCUCCGAUCCAAAUUAGGAAAUCUGGUGUCCCCAGACUUGGUUACUGUCGACCUACCACGCAAUGCGCAGGAUGGAAUUACACCAACAUUGUGGACUCAUAUAAAAGACCGAUGCGAGCCAGAUUUUACUUUCCAUGAGCUGUGUCGACAUAUUUAUUUCGGGAGCUGUGAUGAAUCGCUUCGGCGCGAGAUAUGGCCCUACCUUCUUGGUGUGUACACAUGGGGUGCAGACAAGGAUGAACUGCGCAGUGUUCGGUCGAUGCACAGACGCCACUACAUUUCCUCUCUAAGGCAGUGGAAAGCAGCUGAAACUCUGGCAAAGAAAUACGAUGCGAAUGAUCCGGAUGGGUCUCAACAAGUAGGAAGUCAACAAACGAAUAUCCCUGGACCUGUCCGUUCCAAACGAUGGGUGUCGGUUUGUGAUAUGGUGACGAAACCGAGCAUGCGACGAUCAUCAACACAAUCACUGCCCUCCCUUCGAUUUAUCGAAACUUGUGAAAGCCCGAAAAAUGGUGGAAAAAGAAGGCGAUCAACUGAUGUUGAACCGAUACAGUUCCCCUUGUCGGACCAAGUACAAACGGGCAACGGCUUCACAGAAUCUUUCGCAAACUCAGAGAGCCUGACGACACCACGGCUAAAUUCGGACGGGAAUGCUGCUUUUCAGCUACCAGAUUACUACGUCAGUGAUUACGAUGACGAAGUUGGUACCCCAACACAUCAGGAUUUUUCGAAUGAUUCAAUAGAUGCCUCUAAAUUUUUUCCAAAGGAUUUGGAUGCAUUAAGCCUCAAUCUCUAUCGAAUAGACAAGGAUGUUUCCAGAUGUGAUCGCAACCAUUCUUUCUUCGCCACUCCCAAACGGACAUUCGACUCAAGGCCACAACCACAGCAAAAUCCCCUGGAAUAUUCCGAGCUGAAUGAGAACCUACACAAACUGAGAAAUAUAAUUUGCACAUGGGUUUGGUUGCAUCUCGACACAGGGUAUAUUCAAGGUAUGUGUGAUCUGCUCGCACCGCUUCUCAUUGUGUUGGAAGAAGAAGCGUUAACUUUCGCCUGCUUUUCGGCCUUGAUGGAGUGGAUGCUUCCGAAUUUCCCCACUUCUAUUGAUCGUUCAUCGCUAGACAGUUCACCUCGUAAUUCUAACGCCAAUGGACCCACUGUAGAUACGCAGCGCAAAACUCCUACAAAACCAACCCUGUUAUCAUUGGCCAGAGGUGCCGGCACCGUGAGCGAUGCACCUGAAAGCUUACAAAAAAUUUUCGACAGCCAUACCAGACCGAACACAUCGCCAGUCCUUACUACGAAAUCAACCGUUCUCACUGAAUUGUCAUCCAAGUCCGCGUCCCUUUGUUCCGUCUCGCUCCCAGUUGUGCCCUCACCCUACACGCGUGCUCUGGCCUCCCGAAGGCUGAAUUGCAUGGAUUUGCGAUUCUCCAACCUGAACUCUUUAAUUCAAGUUUUUGACUCCAAACUAUACGAUUAUUUCUGUUCCAAGUCGAUGGACACGCAUUUGUACUUUUGCUACCGAUGGCUUCUUCUGGAUUUUAAGCGCGAACUAAAAUAUGAAGAUGUUUUCCUCGUCUGGGAAGUGAUUUGGGCUGCUCGUCGGCUGGUUUCAUAUGACUUUGGCAUUUUUUUCGCCAUGGCAAUGCUGCAGUACUACCGUGACAUCAUCCUUUACUACGAUAUGGAUUUGACAGAGAUCAUCAGAUUUUAUAACGAGUUGACCGAGCAGCACGACGUAAGGAUUCUACUUGACAUUGCACGGAGCCUUGUCUUUCAGAUGCAACAACUGCUCGGAGACAGGUGAGGCUGAAGCUGCCUUUCCCUGGAUCCACUUCAAGUUCACUUAUUUUGCUCGGUAUUCAAGAACCCUACCCUUUUUUCAAAAAACUCCCCACCAUUCCCCCUCUAUCCGAAUCAUCAUUUUAACCUACUCCUUCAGUUUAUACACGUAGUCUCAGUGAUAACGGGUUUUUCAUAGCAUGCAACUGUAGUUCAUCUGUUUGCGUGUGUGCCGAAAUCUGUCUUUCUGUCCAGAAGAAUUGAAACACUUUGCCCGCUUUAUUUCACUGCCUCAAGUUUUCCCGAAGCGCCUUCUCAUGGGACUGUCACGGUGACGUCAAUCCUAAUGCACAGAUAUUUCAUAUGUUCUGCGAGGAACCAUGAAGAUCUAUUUGACAUCCUCUUCUCUCUCUUAUACACAAUAAUCUGAGUUAUCUGUUUUCAAGUUCUUCCUUCCAAAGAUGCAGUGUAUUCUCAUACCUUAUAGUCUUCGGUUGAUGGUGUUUUCAAUAAACAGUGAAUAGAUGCUCGUCGC